AACCAAUAGUGACUGUUCAGCCGAAGAAAAGGUUGUGUGUGUGUGAGAGAGAGUGUGUGCAUGAUGGAAGGGCUGUACACACACAGUGUGUAUCUGCUCCAGGAGCUGCAGGAACAGAGAAUUCAGGGGCUGCUGUGUGACUGCACGUUGGUGGUGAAGGGCGUAUGCUUUAAAGCACACAAGAACGUCCUUGCCGCCUUCAGCCCCUACUUCAGAUCUCUGUUCCAGAACUCUCCAGCAGUGAAAAACGAUGUGUUUCAUCUGUCUAUUCAGGACGUAGGGGGCAUCGGACAGAUUCUGGACUACAUGUACACUUCUCACCUGGAGCUCAACCCGGACAACGCGCACACACUGCUGCACAUUGCACAGAGCCUACAGGUGUCUAACAUUCUUAACAUGUGCACUGCAUACUUGAAGCCAGUGACUCCGCCUCUUUCACUACCCGAUUGUGUUCUGGGGAGCCCUUUACCUGCAGAGCCUGACUUCCAAAGCCCCGCCCCCAGUGAUAUCACCAAUCCCAAUGUUCAACACAGACGACCCCAACAGACAACUGGGAUGUCAGUGGCUCCACCCGCAGGCAACCUGGAAGCAGCCAGUAAUCUUCCAGCUCAUGGUUACAAGCUGAGGAACUUUUACAGCAGGCAGUAUUUUAAAAAAGUGGCAGAGGAGCAGAAUAAUACACAAGGUGCCAGUCACAGCCUUCCAAAGCCGCCCACAAAUACAGAAAAACAAUCACUACAUUCGACGCCAUCUACAACAACCAGUCAGAUACCACCAGACACAGGAAAUCGUGCUCUGUCUCAAUCCACCGUGCCUGUGAUGUCACAGACAUUAACAUGCUAUUCAAACGCUACCGUGUCCACUUCUUCCUUGUCAUCAUCGACUUCCUGUUCUAAUACUCCUGUGCUUCCUGUGAGUGGGGCAAAAAGUACCCCUGUGUCUCGCACCAUGUGCUCUAAAAAGGCUGUUUACCUGAAGAAGUUCAAUUACCAUGUUUUAGAUGAUGGGGUGGAGCCUGAGGUUUUGAUUGACAGCUGCAGUUCAGAACGAGACCAGCAGGUGGGGACAGAACGCAGGCCAGAACUCAGCAGCAUAGACACGCCCACUGAGGAGCCAGUGGAGGAACCAGAACCCAGGAUGCUAACUAACCCUUCCCCACCACAGCAGCCAGAGCAGACAUGCCCUCAAAGUCAGACAUCAGAAGGGUCAAAGGUCGCAGAGAGGAGUAACAAAUGCUGCUGUGAAGUGUGUGGGAAAACAUUUAAACACCCCAGUAAUCUAGAACUACACAAACGCUCACACACUGGUGAGAAGCCAUUCCAGUGUAAUGUGUGUGGAAAGAAGUUUUCCCAGGCGGGAAACCUGCAAACUCAUCUCCGCCGGCAUUCAGGAGAGAAACCCUAUAUCUGUGAGCUCUGUGGGAAAAGUUUUGCCGCAUCAGGUGAUGUUCAGCGGCACAUUGUCAUCCACUCAGGAGCACGACCUCACCUGUGUGACAUCUGUGGACGAGGUUUUGGUAACCUCAGUAAUCUGAAGGAGCAUAAGAAGACUCACAGUUCAGAAAAAGAGUUUACCUGCGAUCAGUGUGGCAAGUCAUUCAACAUGCAGAGAAAACUAAUCAAACACACAAUGAGACACACAGGAGAGAAACCGUACUGCUGCCAGACCUGUGGUAAGUGCUUUGCCGGAUCAGGUGACCUCCAGCGGCACGUGCGUUCACACACGGGUGAGCGUCCGUACGUGUGUGAAACCUGCGGGAAAGGUUUCACACGCACUGCAGUGCUACGCCGUCACCGAAACUCUCACUGCAACACGCCAACACACACCUCCACAGACACACGCUCUACGCCCUGUCACACUGAGGCUGACCCUACACACACUCAACUGCACACCAUAACCACCACUCAUUCUCCACACUCUCCUCAUUCCCACAAUCAGAGUGAACUCUGUACUCUUCCUCAUCCUGCCUCUGCCCCGCCUCCUCUGGAAAGUUCCAGGCAAGCUCCGCCCUCUCAUGACGCUGCCUCCACUACGUUGUUCUCCUCACACUCUUCUUCAUCUUCUUCUUCUUCUUCUUCUUCUUCUCUCCCAGAUUUGCGCUCUAGUGUUGCGCAUCAUUUCAUAUCCAAGCCCUUUCCUUUGAACUCUAAGGCUCCUCCCCAUCCUCUAAGGCCUGCCCUCCACUCUGACUCUUCCUUCAGCUGGGACUCGCAAUGAAAAUGCUACAGAAAAUGCAAUCAGAGUCUAAAAGUCAACUACUGACAUCUGUGUUUAGUCCACCAGUUAUUAAAGAUGAAUAAAAUGUUCAUAAAUUAUGUUUUUCACACUAAACUCAUCAUUGUAAUUGGUGCUAACAAAGGGAUCGUUAAAAAAAAAAUUGCUGCUUUCUCCAAAUGUUUUAUAUCCAAGUUUGUUCUUUAGUCUUUCACUGGAGCUAUGACACUUAAUGAAAUAGUGAAAACAAUGAAACGUCCAGUUUAGCACUGUGCAAAUUUUGUACCUAAAUUAUCACUUAGACAAUAUUGUUCAGCUCAGUAUCGUUUUGCACAACAAGUUGGAACUAUAUUAUGAGCUGAAUCACUUCUUUUGUCCAUUUUUAUAGAUAAAGCUAAACAAAAAAUGGCAAGCUUUGAACACUGAAUUUCUUGCCUUAUCAUUGUGUACAAUACAUUUACCAUGGCCACUAGAGUGCACCAUAUCCUUAUGUCCUAAGUGUCCAUUACAUGACAAUGGCAGGUAUAAAGUUUGUAUAAAUUUAUUUUUCUUCCUGAGUUGCUAUUCUGUUAUACAUUGGUGUUUAAUCUGUCGCUGCUAAGACUA